ACUGAGGAAAGCAGAGAGAUGAAAAGCCAGCAAACGGAAGAAGAAAGGCAGGACAAGAGAGAGAGAGAAAACAAAGUUGGGCACAUGGUGAGACAGAGAGAGAUAAGGACAGGCAAAGAGACGGAAAGAGAGACAGAGAGAUGGAGGAGGGGGGCAGAGAGAUAAAGAUAGCUGAAAGGAGGGAGAUCCGUCAGCGUUUGUUUCCUCAGGAUGUGGUUACCACGACGACGAAAAGGCAGAGAGGCAACAUCACUACCCGCUGGUCCCCUCUGACACCUGCAAAUGAGUGUGAAAGUCAGAGUGUGUGUGUGUGUGUGUGUGUGUGUGUGUGUGCGCGCGUGUGUCUGAAUGUACGUGUAUAUCAGCGAGUAAAUGAGUGCGUAAGUGAGUGUGUGUGCGCUUAUGUUUGUGAAAGAGACAAUGUAUCUGGUGGUCUGUGUAUCUGGUUGCGUGUUUGUGUCCAUUUUGUUUUAUGUGUGACAGACUGUGUGUGCGUGUGUCUGUGUGUGUGUGUGUGUGUGUGUGUGUGUGUGUGUGUGCUGUCAGAAGAUACACAGCUAAGAGAGAGAGAGAGAGAGACAGACAGAUAGGAAGGACUAUGUGAGAGGUUGAAAAAUCUGAAGGGGGAAAUAAUUAGAACACUCGAGACAGUGGCGAGAGAAGCAAAAAAAAAAGUCAGAGAGAACGAUGAAGAAAAUCAGAAGAACAACUAGGACCCGAAAACAUGAACAACAGAAGACGAACAUAUGUGAAAAGGAAAUUAAGCGCCAAAGACUGGCACUCUAGCUACACCCAGCGAGCCAUCAUGGACGACCGAUCAUCCACCCAAUCCUUCCCAAACAUCCACCACCAUCGCCACCGCCCAUCUUUUCACCUCACCUUGCCCAGCCUUCAAGACCCUGAAGUAGGAUACCCGUCCUCUCAGCCUGCCCUGGACUCUCAAUAUGGAAGUAGAGGGGAAGAAGCCACAACCUCCUUCCUGACUUCCAGCACCUCUUCUGGGGGAAGGAGGGCGAGCAGUGGGGUUGACAGAGGCUUGCUUAACACAAGUGGUAGCGGUUUGGAUGGAGAUGCUAACUUGGGAGGCCAUCUUGACGGAGAAGGAGGGUUAGGCGGCCAUUUUGCCGACCCUUGGUAUGGGAGUAGCAAAAAAGAGCAAGUUUGGGAGGACGGGAAAAGUUGUGAAAGCGCUGCAGAUGAUUUUUAUAGUAAAGGUGAUUGCUACAGUAACGCAAAUGAUGUUUUUUACACCAUGAAUUGCAGCAACGAGGACGGAGUCAGGCGUAAACUCAGAGCAAAUUAUAAUAAUUAUGCUCAUGCUAGCUAUGAAGCUAAAGGCGAAACAGUUUACAAUAGGGAGGCUAACGUUAGCCAUUUUACUAAACAAACUACUUCCUACAACAGAAGUGCGGCAGGGAGCUUUAGUGACAGCAGCGUAGAGUUUUGUAGGACUGACUCAAGAGUGAGUGAUAAUUAUUUAGGAAGAGAAGAAGAUUAUGGGUCCAGCUGUGGCUCAGGCAAGGAUCAGCUUCAGCCUCUUGAGGUUGAAGGACCGUGGCUCAGUGUCUCUCCGUCGAGUCAGUCCGGAGAUGGCAGGUUGAGAGGGACAGCAGACAGCCUCACUUUGACCUCGGGGUGCCUACCGCAGAGAUCACCUCUCAGCAGCGGGACGUACAUUCAGAAACUGGACUCUUUCUCCGAGGCUUUCCUCUCCCAGCGAAAGAGAAGAUGCCCUGUGAUUCCAAUCGGGAAUUCCUCUGGACAAAUCUGGGACUAUGGAGUAGAGAGAGGAGAAAGCCCUGGAUUGGUCAAGUCAAGGCACAGCUGUGCUUUUGAUUCGGACUCCUACCUGCCUCCCUCCUCCUCUUCUUCACCUGCUCACCCCUCUUCUUCUCACCUCAUGUCUUCCGUUCUUAGUCCUCCGCCCACACCUCUACCUCCUCCCUCGCACUCGCCUUCCAAGAUGGACUCUCCCGGUGCGUUCGGGGGCACCGGACAUUCAGUGUCCCAGGGGGAUGAAUCACUUGCUGCGCUCCAGUUUUUCGCUUCCCACCUUCAGUCUCUCCCGUCAAUCCAUUCCCCCCAGAUGAUAUGGAAGUUUCCACUUUCUAGUAACAUCGAGGGAAACCUGAGAUCUUCUCACGGCGGUGACUAUGGCAACAUCACAGCCUCACACAACAUCCUUCAGUCUCCAGAAUCACCAUUCCUCACGUCGCUCCACCCACCCAGUACACUCUGUCCUUCCAAUACUCCAUCCCUUCAUUCCUCCUUCCAUCUUCCCUCUCAUCCAUCUCACCUUUCCGGCCAACAACAUGAGGCAGCAGAAAAGAUAGCCCCUUACACGGUGACCCAGAAAGUAAAGAAUGGACCCGCCAAUCUGAACCAAUCACAGCUGCAGGCCUCCCCGAUCUACACUGGAACUCUAUUUUACAGUAUCCUUCACUCCUGCAGGGGUCAAAAGAGGGGCCGCUACACUCCUCGACCCCUCCUCAAUCCUGUACGCAGGGGGAGGGGGCUGUACUACUCCAUCUUAUCUCUCCAACAUAGAGAGGAGGAAACAGCAUGUGGAGAAGAAGACCAUAAGGGUGGUGUGUUACCGUAUGUCAACGUGGGCCGUGAGUUCCAGGCAGAGCUUCCUCCUUGUUUUGUAGGUGGCAAGGGCUCAGGGCUGUGGUCACCAGAGGAGGCAUCCCCUAGGGAACAGUUGCUCUGGAAACCGUGGGGCGAGCUGGAGGCCAACUCACAAGACCAAGUGGAGAAGCUGCUGUCCAUGUGUAGUUCCAGCUGUUUACCAGGAGGGGGCAGUAACACAGAGCUGGCCCUGCACUGUCUGCACUACUGUCAGGGGAACACAAUGGCCACACUGGAGAUGCUGCUGUUCUCACAGCCCUCGCCAACAGGAGACUACCACUACCCUGGUAGUGACUUUUGGACAGACAGUGAAAAGAAUUUCUUCAGUGCAGCUCUGGGAACUUAUGGAAAAGAGUUUUCACUCGUACAGAAAAUGGUGAAGACGAAGUCCACGUGCCAGUGUGUUGAAUUUUUCUACCUGAGCAAGAGACUUCAGGACAAGCAGAAAAAACAGAAGGAGGAGGAGAAAAGAGAUGCAGAAAUGGAGCAGCAGAAAAAUGUAACACCCAACUGUCAGCCAGUGAACAGACAGUUUGGACUGGAGGAGGCGGUUCCAGUGCCCUCAUUGGCCAGCUUCUUCCCCUGCAAGCUGUGUGGCAAAAUGUUCUACAAAAUCAAGUCCCGCAAUGCUCACAUGAAGAUCCACCGCCAGCCUCAGGAAGAUUGGACCGACAGGCGGCUGCAGCACCAGCUCCUCACCCAGCGUCUGGCUCUCAGUCGUUCCACCAACCUCAUGCCAACCCCAAGCAGUAAUCUGCUCCCACCCCAGGCUCCAGCUCGGACCUUUUCCUCCUCUGCCCUCCCCGGAACACCAAGCAACAACAGCAAUGCCGACAAUGUCCUCAAUUCUGUAACCAAUAGCAACGCCAUCACUCCCAGCAAUGCCAGUGUCCUAGAUCCCAGCACCGUGGUAACAUAUAGCCACAUCGCUGCUUCAAACUCUCAUGUAAUCACUAAUACUGAUGGUGGAGACUCGAAUCAGAGAGAGCCCACCACUGUCUUAUCUUUUCACCAAUCAUGGGGCUCAUUCGGACAGGGCCCCGACCCCGUGACCUUCUACUGCAACACAGAUGGGAAAGACAAUGUAGGAGCUGGGACAGUGGGAGGGAAAGAGCCAAUCAACUGGCAGUAAAGUUUAACUCUCCCGCAAGCAUUACUACCACCAAGUUCUAAGAAUAUUCAGAAGUGUGUUUAAUUCAAACUAAAUUUUUAUUCAAAAUUAAGUGCUUUUUUCAAACUCAAACUUUUUUAUGUUUUUGUAAAUUGUGUAAUUAAAUGUGUUACAUAUUUAAAUGUUUCUUAUGCAUUUGACAUUUGAAUAAAAUUAGUAACCUAUA